AACAGAAACCAGCUAGAGAGUGAGAGAGACCAGUUACUGAGUGAGAGAGACCAUUUACAGAGGGAGAGAAAUCAGUUACUGAGGGAGAGAUAUCAGUUACUGAGGGAGAGAGACCAGUUACUUAGUGAGAGAGACCAGUUACAGAGGGAGAGAGACCAGUUACUGAGUGAGAGAGACCAGUUACAGAGGGAGAGAUAUCAGUUACUGAGGGAGAGAGACCAGUUACUUAGUGAGAGAGACCAGUUACAGAGGGAGAGAGACCAGUUACUGAGGGAGAGAGACUAGUUACUGAGGGACAGAGACCAGUUACUGAGGGAGAAAGACAAGGUACUGAGGGAGAGAGACCAGUUACUGAGGGAGAGAGACCAGUUACUGAGGGAGAGAGACAAGUUACUGAGGGAGAGAGACCAGUUACUGAGGGAGAGAGACCAUUUCCUGAGGGAGAGAGACCAGCUACUGAGGGAGAGAGAUCAGUUACUGAGGGAGAGAGACCAGUUACUGAGGGACAGAGACCAGUUACUGAGGGAGAGAGACCAGUUACUGAGGGAGAGAGACCAGUUACUGAGGGAGAGAGACCAGUUACUGAGGGACAGAGACCAGUUUUCUGAGGGAGAGAGACCAGUUACUGAGGGACAAGACCAGUUUACUGAGGGAGAGAGACCAGUUACUGAGGGACAGAGACCAGUUACUGAGGGACAGAGACAAGUUACUGAGGGAGAGAGACCAGUUACUGAGGGAGAGAGACCAGUUACUGAGGGAGAGAGCCCAGUUACUGAGGGACAGAGACCAGUUAACUGAGGGACAGAGACCAGUUACUGAGGGAGAGAGAACCAGUUACUGAGGGACAAGACCAGUUACUGAGGGAGAGAGACCAGUUACUGAGGGACAGAGACCAGUUACUGAGGAGAGAGAAGUUGAGAGAGACCAGUUACUGAGGGACAGACAAGUUACUGAGGGAGAGAGACCAGUUACUGAGGGAGAGAGACCAGUUACUGAGGGAGAGAGACCAGUUACUGAGGGGGAGAGGGUCAGGGUCAGUGUUCUGACCAAUGAGAAGGUAGAGCUGGAGAAGAGGCUCUCUGAGUGUGGAAAGUAGUCAAGUCAGUCACUAGGGCUGCAUCCCUCUUCUCUAUCCUUCCUUCUCCUGAAGUGUGCACUUGAAGUGUGCACUUAGACAUCGGCUGCAUUCCGAUUCUCUACCCUUAACCAGAAGUGUGCAUUGGAUUGGUGCAAGCAUGGCUGGAGGGAGUUUCCACAAUAUUCCUCAAUCUAGUUCAUUUACAUUCCUGAGGGGGAAUGCAAACUUUGGGAGAAGUGUAGAGAAUCAGAAUUUAUCCAAAGUCCACCCCAGUCGUGGAUUUGGCAACAGUUAAUUCCAACGUUAGAAUAUGUUGUUCAAUACGUGAAACAUACAGUAUAUUUCUCCAAGAGAGCUAAACAGUUGUUGGAAAAUCGGGAAAACCUGUCCUGAAGGGAACUCUACUUUCUGUCCCAGUAAUCUCUACUUUCUCCAGAUGUGUGCACUUGUUCACUUCCCUUCAUGAUUUGAAUGGAAAUGACUGGUAUAUGGUAAUUCCCUGUAGUGCCCAUCCCUACACCAACCAAUACUUUUAUAUUUGUGGGAAGUAGUGGACAAAUAAACACUUCUGAAGAAAGGAGAUAUUAUUGGAACGCAAUCCAGAUUAGAAUAUUGAAAAACCAAUAUGGUGGACGCUGUGUGUUGUAUGUAGAUACUGGAACAGUACUGGAAGAGAGGGACAUGGCAGUCCCAACGAUGAGGACUGUGUUGAGGUGUCCUGAAGGAUGGAGGAUUUUGGGAUCCAGCUGUUACUUCCUGUUUACUGAGAGCAGACUGGACUGUUUGGAGAGAGGAGUAGACCUGGUGAUCAUAAACAGCAAGGAGGAACAGGUGUGUGAGAGAGAGAGAGAGAGAGAGAGAGAGAGAGAGAGAGAGAGAGAGAGAGAGAGAGAGAGAGAGAGAGAGAGAGAGAGAGAGAGAGAGAGAGAGAGAGAGAGAGAGAGAGAGAGAGAGAGAGAUUUAUGAAUCAGGUAAAUUAUUAAUACUCACAUUUCCCACACACUUCUCAAUAACUCUUCACACUGAUGCCUAUAUGGCCAUUGAGUGCAAGCCAUCACAUGACUUCCUUAUGAACGAUGCCACUAACAGUAUAACCUUACAGAGUAUAACUUCCUGCUACAAGUUGAUUGGACCCUUAAAACGUUCUAUCAACUGUAGUGGACCACAGACAGAGAUAAAAGGUACCUGGUGGAGAAGCACAUUAGACCAACUUCUCAACUACUUGUCAGUACAGUUAGUAUCAUACAGUAGAUAUUACCAUUAGGAGUCAGUUAGAAAGGUAAUCAUACAGUAGAUAUUACCAUUAGGAGUCAGUUAGAAAGGUAAUCAUACAGUAGAUAUUACCAUUAGGAGUCAGUUAGAAAGAUAAUCAUACAGUAGAUAUUACCAUUAGGAGUCAGUUAGAAAGGUAAUCAUACAGUAGAUAUUACCAUUAGGAGUCAGUUAGAAAGGUAAUCAUACAGUAGAUAUUACCAUUAGGAGUCAGUUAGAAAGGUAAUCAUACAGUAGAUAUUACCAUUAGGAGUCAGUUAGAAAGGUAAUCAUACAGUAGAUAUUACCAUUAGGAGUCAGUUAGAAAGGUAAUCAUACAGUUAGGUCAGAUGGAUGACUACAUCAACAACCAGGUAACUGAAGAAAAUGAGAACAGAGCAACGAGGAGAGUGAAGACUGAGACCCAUCACUCAGGUAACAACUAAGAAAGCUCUCUCACACACAUAUUCAGAAGUAUUAAAGCGGCAAUAUGCACUUCAAACAUAAACAAAGCGUUCACCCCGCCACUGACUUGGUAAACAACUGAGGAAUGGGGCUGGACUAUUGGUGCAAGGACUAGGGCUGUAGCGGUCAUUACAUUUAGUCAGCUGUUGAUUGGUCAAGCAAAUAACUGCAGGUCUCACGGUAAUUGACCGUUAAUUAACAUAAACACUUUUAGCAUCUCCUGGCUUCCACGCGUCGCCUACAAGCCACUGAUGCAGACCUUUGGAACAUCUACAUUUUAAACGUCUAAUAAAUCCAUUUAAUAUAGCCUACACCGUCACAAUGAAUCCAUUAUUAAUUUUAGGUCUAAAGGUCUAAAGAAACAUGAUAUGAUGAAAAUGUAGUCUAUUUCAGAAGAACAGAAUAGCAUACUCUGAGUUGUCCUUAUGUUAGGCCCUGAUGUGGCUAUGCCAUAUGGCUGUGGGCUACACUAGUUCAUUUAGCAGACAAGAUUUGAUUUGUUUAUUAUUUUAUAGUAUGACGAAUACAAUUGAACAUACUUAAUAAAAUAGAAAGGAUAUUUUCUCCAAACGAUUUGAGGGAGUGAGCACAUGCAGCUAUUCUGUGUUGAGUGGUUAACAUAGAAACAGUUAAGAAGUAGGCUACAAGUGAAUGAAGUCAGACACAUCGGGGACGCAACUGCACGCGUCCCUCUUAUCGAAUUCUGAGGCGCAUAUUGAAGAUGUUAGAACUGUCCACAUUUAGCCUACUUUUCGUCAGCCAACAAGAUGAGAACAGCAAAAACACUAGCCCAUGUCCAUCUACUAUCACCCAUAGUACAAAAGUUGACCUAUUCUAUUGGUCAACUUGUCCUUCUGCGCAAUAAAUAAAUAUUCCAAACAUACUCUGGGACAGUUGUGGGAUGCGAUAGAUCCCAAAUUAAUACAACCACUCGCAUCAAAACAACUUUAAAAAGCAAUGAGGCUGAUGCAACAGAUCAGAACGCUUAGCUUAAAAUGUUGAUAAACUAUUAGGCUAUUUGUUCAUAUUAUAAGCGCAGCAAUGCACACACGACAGUAGGCUAUAAGCGCGAAUGUUCCGAAAUGCAAUCAGUUAGAGGGAACUGCGUGCGCUUUUCUUGUGUAUUCGCACUGUGUUUGUGCGUAAUUGUUUGCGCCACCCGGUUGGGUUGGCGACUCAUUUUGUUCACGUGUUUUGGAACAUUACUAAAGACGUUUGAAGUCAUCCUGGUUCCUGCGCUUGAUUCCUUCCACUCAUCCACACACACCACUCUGACAACCGUUUAGAAAUGAAAGCACUUUUUGUACAUAGUCCCCCCAUUUUAGGGGACCAAAAGUAUUGGGACAAAUUCACUUAUAUAUAUUAAAGUAGUCAAAAGAUUAGUAUUUGGUCCCAUAUUACUAGCACGCAAUGAUUAGAUCAUGUGACUCUACAAAAUUGUUGGAUGCAUUUGCUGUUUGUUUUGGUUGUGUUUCAGAUUAUUUUGUGCCCAAUAGAAAUUAAUGGUAAAUAAUAAAUUGUGUCAUUUUGGAGUCACUUUUAUUGGAAAUAAGUAUAUAAUAUGUUUCUAAACACUUCUACAUAAAUGUGGAUGCUACCAUGAUUACAGAUAGUCCUGAAUGAAUUGUGAAUAAUGAUGAGUAAGAAAGUUACAGACUCACAAAUAUCAUACCCCCAAGACACGCUAACCUCUCACCAUUACAAUAACAUGGGAGGUUAGCAUUUUUGAGGUGGUAUGAUAUUUGUGCAUCUUUAACUUUAACACGUAAACACACACGGACACACGCACACACAAACAUAUUUAAAGUUCCCCUUUAAAACUUCUGAUUAAGAUGCAGACAUAGACUUCUACCAUUUCCGUCCCCUUCACCGUGGAAACGGCCAACUGAACCGCAGCAACCUUUACCGUCCGAGCCACCAACGAUCACAGCUUCACUUCCUCUUCCCUGCCAUCAUCUCCAUGGUGACUGGGGGCUGCGCGGCCAACGGUACGGUGAGCCUCCUGACGCCCGCCAGCACCCAGUCAGGAACGGACGCCACCCUGACCAUCGAGGCCGAGGCCGCUGGAGCUGCAUACUUGAACAACGCAUUCCUGCGUCUCUCUGUUGUCAGCAAGGUAAGGGUCUUGUUUCUAAACUCUAAAAUGGCCUCCUUUUCUCAUAUCAUCUCUCCCUCACAGCCACUGAUUUGAAGGGAAUUGGUUGCUGUAAGUUACCAGUUGUUAUCAGCUACAUCAGUUGUCUGACUAAGCUCUCUCGCUCUCUCUCUAUCUAUCCCCUCUCCCUAUUCCCACCUUCUCCUCCAUCCCUCCCUUCCUCCCUCCCUCCCUCCCUCCAAUCUCACUCUGACAGCCACAUCUUCUCUCUCUGGGUUUUUAACCCUGUAGGUACUGGUAUGAUCAACAGCCUGAUAAUGCAGGUCCUACUGGGGAGGAGGACUGUGCUGAGAUACACAACGAUCAGCAUCCUCUAAAGGCAUGGAAUGACUUGUCAUGUGACAGCAAACUCAACUGGAUUUGUGAGAAAGUGGUUUAACAUCCACCAUGACAACAUACUGUAACAAUACAGUAGCAUACAGUGCACACAACUUCCUCCUUCAUUCUCUCUCUCUCUCUCUCUCUCCUAUCGUCUCUCUCUCUGCUCUCUCUCUCUCUUCUCUCUCUCUCUCCUCUCUCUCUCUCUCUGUCUCUCUCUCUCUCCCACAAUGAGUCCUACUUAUUUCCUGUUUGUAGUUUCCUGUGUACCAGUAGUUAUGUUUCACACAUCAUCAGAGGUCAACAUGAAUUUAGUACAUUUGUGAAGGCACAGAGACAGACACAGGGGCAAACGAUUAGGACAGAAACUGAGAAUAGACUGAAAAACACAAACAGUGGAUGGAGAUGUCUGAGGCCAUUCUAUGCUGAGCCAGAUAUGACCGAGAAGGUCAAGUUUGACAGAGGUGAGAUGGAGGAGAGGAUUGUGGAUAUAUAUGUCAGUGCAGACACCCUGAGAGACGGUGAGACCAGCACAAGAGAGAGAGACAGCAGACACUGCUCCGAAUAAUGGACCAGGAGACCAGUACUCAGGUAACCACAACACAACACACACACCACACACACACACACACACACACACACACACACACACACACACACACACACACACACACACACACACACACACACACCACACACACACACAUACACACACAUACUCACACACACACAAACGUAAACGUCUCUUGUAUGUGUCCACAGAGCCUGAUAGCUCAGGGAAGAGACCCUUCCUAGUUGCUGCAGUGUGUCUGGGGCUGCUGUGUGUUCUACUGGCUGGGAUCAUAGGCCUGUCUGUCUACUGUGAGUUUGUGUCCAAGUUCAUAGCUUAUCACCUACUUGUAAGAAGUGCUGGUUACUAGGCCUAUUUACCUGGUGUUUAACUUAGUAACUAUGUGUUUAUACUUUGUAGAUAACAGAGCCAUCAAAGAUUAUGAGGAUAAAAGAAACAACUUGUUCCAGAGAUUUUCCCUUUAUAAAAUCAACUCAACUGAAGAGAGAGACCAGCUACAGACCAGAUACAACAACCUGACUGCUGAGAGAGACCAGCUACAGACCAGAUACAAUAACCUGACUGCUGAGAGAGACCAGCUACAGACCAGAUACAACACCCUGACUAAAGCGAGAGGUCAUCAUCAGGCAAAGCUUUUUGUGAUAGGUGAGAUAUAAACUGUGAUAAAUUAGAAGUAAAAUCAACAGUAAUUAUUUAUCAAUGGGUUUAUGAGUAUAGAGAUACUGGCUAAGUUUCUCAAUGUGUUCACAUUUGCUCUUCAACAGAGCAGCAUUAUCAGUGGGGAUGGAAAUACUUUGACUCCAGUUUGUACUUCCUCUCCACUGAGAAGAAAACCUGGGAGGAGAGCAGACAGGACUGUCUGGAGAGAGGAGCAGACCUGGUGAUCAUAAACAGCAGAGAGGAGCAGGUGCGAGAGAGAGAGAGAGAGAGAGAGAGGAGAGAGAGAGAGAGAGAGAGAGAGAGAGAGAGGAGAGAGAGAGAGAGAGAGAGAGAAGUGGAGCAAGUAUAAUUUUCAUCAGUACACUAAUAUGUGGGCAGUAUCUUAUAAAUAUAUUAAAAGUGACCGUUUUUUAUCUUUCUCAAAAACAGACAUUUCUCUUCAAUCUCCAACUGAGAGCCUGGAUUGGUCUGACUGACUCUGUUACUGAGGGGACCUGGAAGUGGGUGGACGGCACAUCAUUGACCAAAGGGUGAGAGAUUUGACCAUUCUGGAGAUAAAAAAAACAACAAUGAUAUAUUGCUUCCAAUCAUGUUCAUAAAAAUGUAUGUUUCGACUCGAAUGUCAUUCAAUGAGAACUAUAGAUGUAUUAUAUAAACCAGGUAAUAUUUACAUCUGAAAAUGUAAUUUAAAGAGUGAAAUAUUAAGUGUGUUGAUGGUCACUCUUGAUAAUGGUAUGCUCAUCUUACAGAAUGUGGCUUUGAAGCUGAGAAAACAUAGGGCUAUGUCUAUAAUUGAGGAGGAUGUUUGUACCUCAGUGUCUGACUGUCUGGUUCUCUGUGUUUAGGUACUGGGGGGCAGGACAGCCUGAUGAUGGUGGCCAAGAGGACUGUGUUGAGAUAUACUAUGGACAAGAUGACGCUGUAAAGACAUGGAAUGAUGACAAAUGUGACAAAAAUCAUAACUGGAUCUGUGAGAAAGUGGUGUAAGAAUAACCCACAGUAACAGACUUCUCUUCUUCAUUAUUUCCUUGGUCUUUUCUUUCAAUUUUCCUUUUCUAUGGUGGAUGGUUAACGCACUGUUUGUUUUAGCGGUACCCACUGUUUAUUAUUUUCAAGUUAGGGAGGAAGAGGUCAAAGGUUUAGUUUCCUGGGGUUUGAACGGUGUGGUGUGCGUGAUGGCUCCGAAGCCUAGCGUGGAGGAGACGCUGUCGUUACGGCAUGGAUUCAGGUUGUUCCUGAGAAUGGAGUUAAGGUGGAGGAGGUUCUGCUUGCGGUCGGCGAACAGGUAGGAGCUGAAUUUCUAAAUUCCGCAUCAAGAAUGAACAAAGCUGUGGUUGUGUUUAUGAAAAGAGCAAAUUUGUUGGGUAAGCUCAUUGCUAGUGGAAUAUUUGUAAGCAGUGUGUUGGUGGCAAUUUCUCCUCUUUUUGCUCAGGUUUCUAUAAUGUUUUGGGAAGGUGGGGGGCAGUGAAGAGAGGAGUAUGAGUCUCUGAGUCAAUGUUGGGAUGUGGUAAAAGUCCAAAUUCUGUUUUUUUGUCAACAGUAUACAGCUCUCUCAUCCUCAGAAGCUAGGAGAGCAUUGGGGGAACUCGAGUGUAGUAUUAGUGAGAUGGAUGUAGAGCUGGUGGGGCAAGGCAAUGUAGGCCUCCAGGCUAAUUUAGCUGAACUACGUAGGGACCUGGGCAGUUUUUUCCAGGUUAAAGCAAAGGGAGCACUUGUAAGAGCUAGGUUCUCCAUGCUCAAGGAGAUGGCAGAGACUGGGGACUGGCAAGGGGGUCUGGAGGACUUGUUAGAUUUUAACACUCAGAGUAUGGGGGAGUUUGAGGGGUUUGGAGGUAAAGCCAUCUACAACCUCUGUAUUAAGCUAAGGAACAUUAGGAGCCUAACAGGAGUGAAGGCACAUGAGUGGCAGGGAGUAUGUGGGACGGAGAGUAUGGUGGAUUUUAGAUGGAGGGGGCUCUACAAACUCCCAGCACCAAAGAGUUCAGGGGACCUCCAGUGGAGGGUUCUACAUGGAGCCCUGGCCACUAACAGCUGGUUGGCACGGGUUGAACCGGGAGUUGGACAGGGGUGUCCUUUUGUGUCAUGAGUGAAACUGUGAUUCAUGUGUUUUCUGUGUGCGCCAGGUUAAUGCCAUUAAUGUCUCUGUUGGAAUGUCUGUGUGAGAGGUUGGGGGUGGAGUUUACUGUUGGGACGUUUAUAAUGGUGUACAGGUAUUCAAAUAAGGAGAAGGCCAAAUGUGUGUUGUUGAAUUUUCUGUUUGCUCAGGCAAAGUUGGCUAUUUGGCUAACAAGGAGGAACAGGGUUAAAGGUGGGGGGAUAACAGACCCUUUACUAUUAUUUAAUGGGAUGGUCUCUGCGCGCCUUAGGGUGAGAUUUGAGUUCUAUAAAAUGAUGAAAGUGUGGCGAUGUCUCAGGAGAUAUGGUGUGUUGGGGGGGGGGGGGGGGCAGUCUGUAUAGCUGGGGAAGAUGGGUUGUAUAUACGGUUGUAGAAGUGGUGAGGUUUUGGUUAUUGUGAUGUGUGGUGUUUUGUAUCGUGGGGUAGAGGGCAAGGUGAGUAUGCAGUACAGGGGAUAUUUUUUUUUUUUGGGGGGGGUGGUGGGGGAUGAGGUUUUAAUGAAAUGAGAAUGUAUCAUUAAACAAAGACAAAAAGACAAGAAGUGAAAGUAUCUUUCAUAGCUAUUAUCUUAAAGGUUGGAUAAGGUCCUGAAUGGUUGUGAUGAUUCCACCUAGUGGUUAAAGUGAGAGAUGAACUCACCAUGGAGAUGAAAUAGUGGUAUUACAGACUGUCUCAAAACACAUUGGAGAAUACAAUCCUAUGGGAGUGACCUUGGACCUUCUCCUCUAAUAGGGUUGAAAGGAGGAGAGGAGAUGGGAGGAGAGGAGAUAGGAAGAGAGGAGAUAGGAGGAGAGGAGAUAGGGGGAGAGGAGAUAAGAGGAGAGGAGAUAGGAGGAGAGGAGAUAGGAGGAGAGGAGAUAGGAGGAGAGGAGAUAGGAGGAGAGGAGAUAGGAGAAGAGGAGAUAGGGGGAGAGGAGAUAAGAGGAGAGGAGAUAGGAUGAGAGGAGAUAGGAAGAGAGGAGAUAGGAAGAGAGGAGAUAGGAGGAGAAUAAUCUAGGAAAGACUAAUUGAGAUAGAGCCUUAGUGUCAGAGAGACAUACAGGAGGAAGAAGAAAAUUAAGAGAAUGAGGAAGAGAGAAAAAAUAAGACAAAUAAUAGUUGUGUUUAGAUUUAGAGGAGAGGAUGUAGACAUACUGUGCUCUGGAAAAUGACUCUUCAUUAUUUUAUUACCAACAUGUCAUGUGAUUUGACAUAGGUGUCACAAUACCGAUGUGGAUGUGGUGGAGGAGUCAGGCGCAGGACACAGAGGUAAAGUCCAACAGACUUUAAUAGUCACAAGUAAGAGGAAAACCUCCGACCUCAAAAACAAACAACGAGGCGAGGGAACAAUUACGCAUACGCGUAAACACUAAGAUACAAAACAAAACGGGAGCAAACACGUAGCUCCGAUACUGUGGCAGGAAACAACAACACACAAAAUUACUAGAACAAAACAAGGAACUUAUAGGACACGUAAUCAAGACACAAAUGGACACAGGUGAUACAGACAGACAAAAGAAAUCAAAUGCAGAAACAUAGAGCGGUGGCAGCUAGUACUCCGGGGACGGCGAACGCCGAAGCCUGCCCGAACCAGGAGGAGGAGCAGUCUCGGCCGAAACCGUGACAGUACCCCACCCUUGACGCGCGGCCCCAGCCGUGCGCCGACCCCGGCCUCGGGGACGGCCAGGAGGACGCGGACCCGGGCGCGUGGGAUGCCCAUGGUGAAACUCAGUCAGGAGGGAUGGAUCGAGUAUGUCCCUCCUGGGCACCCAGCACCGUUCCUCCGGACCGUACCCCUCCCACUCCACGAGAUACUGGAGACCACUCAUCCGGCGCCUCGAGUCCAAGAUGGUCCGGACCCUGUACGCCGGGGCCCCCUCGAUGUCCAAAGGGGGCGGAGGGGUCUCUCCUAUCUCAUCUUCUUGGAGUGGGCCAGCUACCACCGGCCUGAGAAGAGACACAUGGAACGAGGGGUUAAUAUUUUUAUACUCUAUAUGCAGUUGUAACCUGUAACACACCUCGUUCAAUCUUCUCAGGACUUUGAAGGGCCCCACAAACCGCCGACCCAGCUUCCGGCAGGGCAGGCGGAGGGGCAGGUUUCGAGUCGAGACCAAGACUCGAUCUCCCGGUGCGUACACCGGUCCCUCACUGCGGUGGCGGUCGGCGCUCGCCUUUUGUUGACGGAUGGCACGCUGCAGAUGGACAUGGGCAGCGUCCCACGUCUCCUCCGAGCGCCGAAUCCACUCGUCCACCGCAGGGGCCUCGAUCUGGCUCUCGUGCCAUGGUGCCAGGACCGGCUGAUAACCUAAAACACACUGGAAAGGUGUUAAAUUGGUGGAGGAGUGGCGGAGAGAGUUCUGGGCCAUCUCUGCCCAGGGGAUGAACCUAGACCACUCCUCCGGCCGGUCCCGGCAAUAGGACCUCAAAAAACUACCCACAUCCUGGUUGACACGUUCCACCUGCCCAUUGCUCUCUGGGUGGUACCCCGAGGUAAGGCUCACCGAGACCCCCAACCGUUCCAUGAACGCCCCCCAAACUCUGGAGGUGAACUGGGGACCUCGGUCAGACACUAUAUCCUCGGGGACCCCAUAGUGCCGGAAAACAUGGGUAAAUAGGGCCUCAGCGGUUUGUAGGGCAGUAGGGAGACCCGGCAUGGGAAGGAGACGACAGGCCUUGGAAAACCGAUCCACAACGACCAAAAUGGUGGUAUUCCCCUGGGAGGGGGGAAGGUCGGUUACGAAAUCCACCGAUAGGUGGGACCAUGGUCGUUGUGGAACGGGCAGGGGAUGUAGCUUACCCCUGGGCAAAUGUCUAGGCGCCUUACACUGGGCACACACCGAGCAGGAGGAGACAUAAACCCUCACAUCCCUAGCUAACGUUGGCCACCAGUAUUUCAUGCUAAGACAGUGCAUGGUCCGGCCAAUACCUGGAUGUCCAGAGGAGGGUGAUAUAUGAGCCCAAUAAAUAAGUCGAUCACGAAUCUCGAGCGGAACGUACGUCCGCCCCACAGGACACUCGGGGGGAGUAGGGUCGGUACGCAGUGCCCGCUCGAUUUCCGCAUCGACCUCCCAUACCACCGGAGCCACCAAACAAGACUCCGGCAGUAUGGAAGUAGGCUCGUUGGACCUCUCCUCUGUGUCAUACCGCCGGGACAGGGCGUCUGCCUUACCAUUCUGGGACCCAGGGAUGUAUGUGAUCUUAAAAACGAACCGGGUUAGGAACAUGUUCCACCUAGCCUGACGAGGGUUCAAUCUCCUAGCUGCCCGGAUGUACUCCAGGUUACAGUGAUCAGUCAGAAUGAGGAAAGGGUGUUGAGCCCCCUCAAGCCAAUGCCUCCACACCUUUAGGGCCUGGACUACGGCUAACAGCUCCCUGUCCCCAACAUCAUAGUUACGCUCCGCCGAGCUGAGCUUCUUGGAGUAGAACGCACAGGGGCGGAGUUUAGGUGGCGUGCCGGACCGUUGUGAUAGAACUGCCCCAAUACCGGUCUCGGAUGCGUCUACCUCUACUUGGAAUGGUAAAGAGGGAUCCGGAUGUGCCAGCACAGGAGCCGAGGUGAACAGGUUCUUUAGUUUGACAAAUGCCCUGUCCGCCUCAGCCGACCACUGCAAACGAACCGGACCCCCCUUUAGCAGGGACGUAAUGGGAGCUGCAACCUGUCCAAAACCCCGAAUAAACCUCCGGUAGUAAUUAGCAAAACCCAAGAACUGCUGCACCUCUUUUACAGUUGUUGGAGUUUGCCAAUUACGCACGGCCGAUACCCGGUCUACCUCUAUCUCCACGCCAGACGCGGACAACCGAUAACCCAAAAAGGAGACGGACUCCUGGAAGAACAGGCAUUUCUCUGCCUUGACAUACAAGUCAUGCUCCAACAGUCUUCUCAACACUCGGCGCACCUGGGCUACAUGCUCGGCUCGUGUAGAAGAAUACACUAGGAUGUCGUCGAUGUACACUACUACACCCUGCCCAUGCAUGUCCCGGAAAAUCUCGUCAACAAAGGAUUGGAAGACUGAAGGAGCAUUCAUUAACCCGUAUGGCAUGACGAGAUACUCGUAAUGACCCGAGGUGGUGCUAAAUGCUGUUUUCCAUUCAUCCCCCUCCCUAAUGCGCACCAGAUUGUACGCGCUCCUGAGAUCCAACUUUUUGAAGAACCACGCUCCACGUAAUGACUCCGUCAUCGUCGCAAUCAGUGGAAGUGGGUAACUGUAUUUCACUGUGAUCUGAUUGAGACUACGGUAAUCAAUACACGGGCGCAAUCCCCCGUCCUUCUUCUUCACAAAGAAGAAACUCGAGGAGACCGGGGAAGUGGAGGACCGUAUGUAUCCCUGUGCCAAGUCUCCAUAGCCGCUGUUUCCUCUUGAGACAGGGGAUACACAUGACUCCGGGGAAGAGCUGCUCCUGUCUGGAGAUUUAUCGCACAGUCCCCUUGUCUAUGAGGAGGUAGCCGUGUUGCCCUCGAUUUGCUAAACACGAGUGCUAAAUCCUCAUACUCAGGGGGAAUGCGCAGUGCGGGCACUUGGUUCGGACUCUCUACCGAGGUCGCCCCUAUGGAAACACCUAGACAUCUCCCUACACACUGGGCAGACCACUCCAUAAGAGCCCUCUGUUGCCACGCUAUGGUAGGAUCAUGGGUGCUUAACCAGGGAAGGCCCAACACCACUGGGUACGCAGGAGAGUCAAUCAGAUAAAACUGAAUAAUCUCCUCAUGACCCCCCUGCGUCGUCAUCGUCAGCGGUGCUGUGACAUCCCUGAUCAGACCCGACCCCAACGGCCGGCUGUCUAAUGCGUGGACAGGGAAUGGAGCUUCUACCGGCCGAAGGGGAAUUCCUAACCUACAACAAAAUGCCCGAUCAAUAAAGUUCCCAGCUGCGCCUGAAUCGACUAGCGCCUUAUGCUGGGAAUGAGGUGCCACCUGUGGAAAUCUCACAGGAAUACUCAUGUGACCAACAGAAAGCUCUGGGUAAGUGGGGUGCCUACUCACCUGAAAUGACACCCCAGUGCGUGGCCUGUUGUCACCUCUCCCAGGAGACCCUCCCCAGCACCUGGCCGCGGUGUGUCCUCCACGACCACAGGUGGUGCAGGGGAUGACCUCCCUCGGGUUCCCUCUCCUCCUCUCUCUAGCGCCAGCACCCCCGAGCUCCAUGGGAAUCGGCUCGGAGGUGCUGGAGGGUGGAAUGGACGACCCCCACUCGGGACGUCCGCGGGUAGCCAGCAGGGUGUCUAGACGGAUGGAGAUGUCCACCAACUGGUCGAACGACAGGUUGGUGUCCCUGCAGGCCAGCUCACGACGAACGUCCUCUCGUAGGCUACACCGGUAGUGGUCGAUGAGGGCCCUCUCAUUCCACCCCGCAUCCGCCGCUAGUGUCCGGAACUCCAGUGCGAACUCCUGUGCGCUCCUCUUCCCCUGUCGGAGGUGGAAUAGACGCUCUCCCGCCGCUUUCCCCUCAGGUGGAUGAUCGAAGACAGCCCUGAAGCGGCGGGAGAACUCCGCGUAGGUGAUGGUUGCGGCGUCUAUUCCCCUCCAUUCGGCGUUGGCCCACUCCAACGCCUUGCCGGAUAGACAGGAGAUGAGGGCGGAGACGCUCUCGUAUCCCGAGGGCGCCGGGUGUAUGGUGGCAAGGUAAAGUUCCACCUGCAGGAGGAAGCCCUGACACCCGGCUGCAGAACCGUCAUAUGCCCUCGGGAGCGAGAGCCGAAUGCCACUGGGUUCCGGUGCUGAGAGAGGAGGACUGGCCGUUGGUGAUGGGAUGGUGUGAGAAGGCAUGGGCACCUCUCGAUUCACCAAUCGGCGCAGCGUGUUGGACACCUCGUCCAUGGCGGCCCCGAGUUGCCGGAUCAUGGUGUCCUGGUAGUUGAUCCGGUCUUCCAGGGAUCCGGGUGCCGCCGCUGUUCCUGCUGACUCCAUGGAGGUGUGUUGUUCUGUCACAAUACCGAUGUGGAUGUGGUGGAGGAGUCAGGCGCAGGACACAGAGGUAAAGUCCAACAGACUUUAAUAGUCACAAGUAAGAGGAAAACCUCCGACCUCAAAAACAAGCAACGAGGCGAGGGAACAAUUACGCAUACGCGUAAACACUAAGAUACAAAACAAAACGGGAGCAAACACGUAGCUCCGAUACUGUGGCAGGAAACAACAACACACAAAAUUACUAGAACAAAACAAGGAACUUAUAGGACACGUAAUCAAGACACAAAUGGACACAGGUGAUACAGACAGACAAAAGCAAUCAAAUGCAGAAACAGCGGUGGCAGCUAGUACUCCGGGGACGGCGAACGCCGAAGCCUGCCCGAACCAGGAGGAGGAGCAGUCUCGGCCGAAACCGUGACAAUAGGCUUAUGCUUCGUACAAAAAAAAGUGGGACCAAUUAUUAACCUGCUUAUCACAUUAAUAAUAAGAAUAACAAAGUCACAUAGUAAUAAAUAAAGGAACAAUGUUCUUUAACAAGGUCUACCAGCUUCCUGAUUGAAUGUGAUUGGAUACUUAAAACAGUGUGACCUGGACACACACAGAGUGAAAAACAGUACUGAGAGUGCACACACACACACACACACACACACACACACACACACACACACACACACACAAACAAACCAAUGACUCCCAACCUUGACUGUACAAGGGACAACGUGUAGGUGACCAAUGGCAAUUGCACCUGUGGAGCUGCCUGCUACAUACCCACUCACUCAUGCAUGGUGUCUAAUGGGGUAUCCACCCGCUCCCUCUCUGUUCUCUGUCUGUGGCCCACAGCAGGUGACAGGAUGUUUCAAGGCUCUAUCCACCAAUAAGAAGGAGACUUGAUAUGUGUCCCAAAUGGCACCAUAUUCUCUAUAUAGUGCACUACAUAGGGAAAUAGGGUGUCCUUAGGGACGCAAGCUUGUAGACCAGACAGUUGUAUGUGAUGUCCUCUCCAUCCCCUGUUCAUUCUCUUCCGUGACAUCUUUCUUUCUAUUUGAAUGUUUUUGGAAGGUUACUUUCAUUCAGUACUGUAUCCAACCAUCAACAUCACUGCUAGCCGACCAAAUAAAGAGAGAGAGAGAGAGAGAGAGAGAGAGAGAGAGAGAGAGAUUUAUGUACAGCCUACAUGAAUUGCGACAUAGUGAACUAUAAAUCUUAACAUUGACAAUGGCUAUUGAGUGAUAUAUAUGAAUAUACAGCGCAUUCGGAAAGUAUUCAGACCCCUUGACUUUUUCCAAAUGUUGUUCCGUUACAGCCUUAUUCUAAAAUGGAUUUUAAAAAAUGUUUAAUCAAGACUCUACAGGCUGGGUGCUGUGUGUUCUACAAGUCACUCUCAACAUCUCUAUGAGGCUGGCUUUUUGUGAGUGAGACUGUAUCCCAAAUUGUACAUUUUUUACAUUUUAGUAAUUUAGCAGACGCUCUUAUCCAGAGCGAGUUACAGUUAGUGAGUGCAUACAUUUUCAUACUGACCCCCCGUGGGAAACGAACCCACAACCCUGGCAUUGCAAGCGCCACGCUCUAACAACUGAGCUACAGGCGACUAUGCCCUAUUUCCCUUUAGUGCACUACUUUUGACCAGAAUAGGCUGCCAGGAUUAGGGUGCAAUUUGGGACAUAGCCUCUAUUUAAUUAUCUCACUACAGCAAGUAUGACAAGAGACCUGUUACAGAUGAGACUUGACAUUACAUAGCUAAUGGCACCUGUAGUUUGAAACAAAAACAAAAAUAGUAGACAACGUCCAUAGAGAAUUGAGAUCUAGGAUCAACUUCCCUCCCCCAAUCCUAACCUUAACCAUUUAGUGGGGGAAAUGCAAAACUGACCCAAGAUCAGCGUCUAGGGGAAACAUCACUGACUCCAUAUUUAUUAUUUUAGCCUGCUCCACUAAAGAGAGAGACCAAUUAGAGGCCUGUUACAACACAACCGGCCUGGCACAAGACAGAGACCAGCCAGAUACCAGUAGUGGUAUCACUGACCUGUGUACAGAGAGAGACCAGCUGCUGAAGGAGAGAGUCCAGUGCCGGCAGAACAGAAACCAGCUAGAGAAAGGGAUAGAACAGUUCCUGAUGGAGAGAGACCAGUUACAGAGGGAGAGAGACCAGUUCCUGAGGGACAGAGAUCAGUUACUGAUGAAGAGAGACCAGUUACAGAGAGUGACCAGUUACUGAGGGAGAGAGACCAGUUACUGAGGGAGAGACCAAUUACAGAGUGAGAGAGACCAGUUACUGAGUGAGAGAGAACAGUUACAGAGGGAGAGAGACCAGUUACUGAGGGAGAGAGACCAGUUACUGAGGGAGAGAGACCAGUUACUGAGGGAGAGAGACCAGUUACUGAGGGAGAGAGACCAGUUACUGAGGGAGAGAGACCAGUUACUGAGGGAGAGAGACCAGUUACAGAGGGAGAGAGACCAGUUACUGAGGGAGAGAGACCAGUUACUGAGGGACAGAGACCAGUUACUGAGGGAGAGAGACCAGUUACUGAGGGAAAGAGACCAGUUACAGAGGAAGAGAGACCAGUUACUGAGGGAGAGAGACCGGUUACUGAGGGAGAGAGACCAGUUACUGAGGGACAGAGACCAGUUACUGAGGGACAGAGACCAGUUAUUGAGGGAGAGAGACCAGUUACUGAGGGACAGAGACCAGUUACUGAGGGACAGAGACCAGUUACUGAGGGACAGAGACCAGUUACUGAGGGACAGAGACCAGUUACUGAGGGACAGAGACCAGUUACUGAGGGAGAGAGACCAGUUACUGAGGGACAGAGACCAGUUACUGAGGGAGAGAGACCAGUUACUGAGGGACAGAGGCCAGUUAUUGAGGGAGAGAGACUAGUUACUGAGGGACAGAGACCAGUUACUGAGGGAGAGAGACCAGUUACUGAGGGACAGAGACCAGUUACUGAGGGACAGAGACCAGUUACUGAGGGAGAGAGACCAGUUACUGAGGGAGAGAGACCAGUUACUGAGGGGGAGAGACCAGUUACUGAGGGAGAGAGACCAGUUACUGAGGGAGAGAGACCAGUUACUGAGGGGGAGAGGGUCAGGGUCAGUGUUCUGACCAAUGAGAAGGUAGAGCUGGAGAAGAGGCUCUCUGAGUGUGGAAAGUAGUCAACUCAGUCACUAGGACUGCAUCCCUCUUCUCCAUCCUUCCUUCUCCUGAAGUGUGCACUUGAAGUGUGCACUUAGACACUUAGGUCACAUUUCCCACACACACUUCUCAAUAACUCUUCACACUGAUGCCUAUAUGGCCAUCGAGCGCAAGCCAUCACAUGACUUCCUUAUGAACGAUGCCACUAACAGUAUAACCUUACAGAGUAUAACUUCCUGCUACAAGUUGAUUGGACCCUUAAAACGUUCUAUCAACUGUAGUGGACCACAGACAGAGAUAAAAGGUACCUGGUGGAGAAGCACAUUAGACCAACUUCUCAACUACUUGUCAGUACAGUUAGAAUCAUAUAGUAGAUAUUACCAUUAGGAGUCAGUUAGAAAGGUAAUCAUUCAGUAGAUAUUACCAUUAGGAGUCAGUUUGAAAGGUAAUCAUACAGUAGAUAUUACCAUUAGGAGUCAGUUAGAAAGGUAAUCAUACAGUAGAUAUUACCAUUAGGAGUCAGUUAGAAAGGUAAUCAUACAGUAGAUAUUAACAUUAGGGGUCAGUUAGAAAGGUAAUCAUACAGUAGAUAUUACCAUUAGGAGUCAGUUAGAAAGGUAAUCAUACAGUAGAUAUUAUCAUUAGGAGUCAGUUAGAAAGGUAAUCAUACAGUAGAUAUUACCAUUAGGGGUCAGUUAGAAAGGUAAUCAUACAGUAGAUAUUACCAUUAGGGGUCAGUUAGAAAGGUAAUCAUACAGUAGAUAUUACCAUUAGGGGUCAGUUAGAAAGGUAAUCAUACAGUAGAUAUUACCAUUAGGAGUCAGUUAGAAAGGUAAUCAUACAGUAGAUAUUACCAUUAGGAGUCAGUUAGAAAGGUAAUCAUACAGUAGAUAUUACCAUUAGGAGUCAGUUAGAAAGGUAAUCAUACAGUAGAUAUUUCAAUUAGGAGUCAGUUAGAAAGAUAAUCAUACAGAGUCAGUUAGAAAGGUAAUCAUACAGUAACUAAGAAAGCUCUCUAUCACAGAGAUUGAAGCACCUCUGUGAUAAAACGCAAUCACUGGGCCUCAGGCAGAUUGCACACACACAUGCACGCACACGCACACAAACACACUUACACAAACACUUGACCAAAACACUGAAAAAUGCUAACUGAUAGCAAGUCAAUUAUGCAAAUAGAUGUACGCUUUAAGGGUAUUUAGAGUUAUUAAAGAGGCAAUCUGCUGUUCAACCUAAACAAAGCGGUCAACCAGCCACUGAUUUGGUAAAAGGCUGAGGAAUGGGGCUGGAGAAAUGUAACCACUCUCAAAUUCAUAGACAGAGCUAUGGAUGCAUCAACUGAUCAUCCAUCAGAUCAACAUGAUACUUUUAACCAUGUUUUGAGGCUAUACAUACAGUUUGUUUACAAUAUCAUUGUUUACAAACAAUGGAGUAAAAAAGCGUAUAUUUUGGGUUCUGAUGGGGUACGACUGUUGAACUAACUAAGCUCAUGAGGCAUUUAUAAGUUAUCAUCGUCAUGAACCGGCUCAAAGUUCGUAACAAAAGGGAGACAACGUGGAGACAAGGAAUACCAAAAUAUAUAUUUAUUAACUAAAGUAAACUAAGUACAAUUAACAAUGGUGUGUGUAAUCAGUAAUGUAAGUGAGUGCAUAAUAAUGCAAGGUGUUGAAAGGUGCCAAAGCAAACAACCAAAAAGCCACAAAAAUACCACAACAAACAUCAAUAAAGGUGUCUGCAUGGAGAGAGUUCCCCCAAUGAAUGUGGAAGAGGUCCAUUUAUCCUGGGACACACCCGGGCCCAGGUGUUUCCCAUGUAGCUGACGACCCUCCCAACUCCGCCCACCGGCAUCCUAAUAAGGAAACAAGAGCAAAGAGAGAGAAUACGGCAGACAGAGUGGGAGGGUCGUCACAUCAUCAUUAAGAAUGGAUUGGCUCCUAUUGUGGCUGAUGAUGUCACACCCACACCCUCUCAUACAUGUGUGUGUGUGUUUGUGUGUGUGAACGUGCAUGUAAUUGUGUGUGGGUAUGUGUGUGUGUGCGUGCAUGUGCACAUCUGUGUGUGUGGGGAUGUGUGUGUAUGUUCUUACAUCAGUGUGUAUCUCCUCAGGACCUGAGGAUUCAGGGAGAAGACUCUACAGGAUGGGUGCUGUGAGCUUUGGGAUGCUGUGUGUUCUACAAGUCACUCUCAACAUCUCCCUGAGACUAGUCUGGGAGUGUAUUGUUAUCUAAUCAUUACACUAUAUCAGACUUUCACAACAAGGUCCUAUAUUCAGAUGUAAUCUGUGUACAUUAGCUAAGUUCCUCCUCUGUUACAGACCAGUUACAACAACCUGACUGAAGAGAGAGGCCAUCUUCAGGCAAAGCUUUUUGUGAUAGGUGAUUAACUGGAAGUAAAAUCAACAGUAAUUAUAUAUCAAUGGGUUUGUGAGUAUAAAGAUACUGGCUAAAUUUCUCAAUGUGUUCACCUUUGCUCUUCAACAGAGCAGUAUUGUCAAGAUGAAUGGAGAUACUUUGAUUCCAGUUUCUACUUCCUCUCCACUGAGAAGAAAACCUGGGCUUCCUCCAUCCUUCCACCAUUUUAAAGUAGUCAAAGUAGUCAACUGGGUGGGUUUUCCUAUUGGUUGUAGCCUCCAUGGUGCUACCCAUACUGUCACAGACCCUAUAAGGGUACAGAUAUAAAGAUGAGUCCUCUAUCUAUCUCUAUGGGUCAAGGUUACAGUAAUAGAAGGAAGAAACUGAGCUUGUAGAAAACAGCCAGUAGGGGGAGACAAACACUUAUAAAAGUAGGUAUUAUACCCAACAUGAGGGACUUUUCUGACCAGCAUCCCAUUGACAAGCAGAUUUCAGACAAAACCUAAAACUGACCCUUACCUUAACCCUAACUUUCACCUAAUUUUAACUAAUUCAGAAACUGAACAGAUUAUAAAUAUAUCAUUAAAUAGAAUUAGGUUCAUGAAUUUUAAAAUUAAGCCUUUUUCUUUACAGAUGUCCUGUUGUACAUUAUAUCCAUGGAUGAAAAGUGGCUUGUGUUUUUAGGACAGAUGCAGUGUGUAAGGCCUGCAUACAAUAUAAAUAAUGACUUCCUUUAAUAACAGCUUCCUGUGUGUCUGUCUGUCUGUCAGUGGUUGGUGGAUAUUAGCAGACCUGGGUCAUGUAUUCAUUAGGGCACACCGUAGCUAAAUGUUUUACAACGUCAAAUGAAAACACGUUAUUCUUAUUGGACAGGAAUAGUUAGUCCCUCCCUGUUUCAGUUUGCUUUCUUCCAUUUGGUGCCUAAUGAAAACGACCCAAAUACUUUAGCUGUGCUUGGUUGAGCUUGCCUGGCUUAAUGGAACCAAUAGAAUAGUCCCAACGCUCAAAGUAUUUGACAGAUUUCAAAUAACUCAGGUCUGGUUAUUUAUUUAUUUUUUUAAACAUCCAGAGACAUUGUUGAGAUGUAUACAUCCAAUAUGUUAAUCAGUGAUAUAGAGCAGUAAGAGACCAUAUAAGAGGGUGUGUUUACCUGGGGUAUGUGGGUGGAACUUCCCCCAGUAGACCAGGAAGUUACUCAGGAAUCAGAUAAAAAUGUGAAAAGAAGAAGAAAGUGACCCAACUAUAAACAGCCAGGACAUUUUUCGGUUCCACAAAUUCAUGUAAAUGUUGUUGUUGCUAUCUUCCUCUUUUGAUAUUUGAUAGUUCCUGUGUGCUGGGGAUAACCCCCACCUACAACAGGAUCCAAAGCAGUCAGCUUCAGACACAGAUACAGGGCAGAGAUACUCUCCAGAACCAGUGGAUUUGCCUUAGGUACUUUAAGGCAGGGUUUCCCAAGCUCGGUCCUGUUGUCCCCCCUGUGUGCACGUUUUGGUUUUUGCCCUUGCACUACACAGCUGAUUCAAAUCAUCAAAGCUUGAUAAUGAGUUGGUUAUUUGAAUCAGCUGUGUAAUGCUAAGGCAAAAAACUAAAAGUGCACCCAGUGGGGCCCCAGGACCGAGUUUGGGAAAGACUGCUUUAAGUCACCGUAACUAUAGUCAGAAAACAUUGUUGAAGAUUUCUGAGGCCAUCUAGGCCAAGCCUUAUAUGACCAAGUAGGUUUGACAGAUGUGAGAUGGAGGAGAGGAUUGUUGAUAUCUACAUCAGUACAGACACCCUGAGAGACAGACACCCUGAGAGACAGACACCCUGAGAGACAGACACCCUGAGAGACAGACACCCUGAGAGACAGACACCCUGAGGGACAGACACCCUGAGGGACAGACACCCUGAGGGACAGACACACUGAGGGACAGACACCCUGGGGGACAGACACCCUGAGGCACAGACACCCUGAGAGACAGACACCCUGUGGGAACGGUGAGAUCAGCACCAUGACACAUCUGCAGUAAGGCCAGCUACAGACCAGUUACAACACCCUUACUGAGGAGAGAGACCAGCUACAGGCCAGUUACAACACACUUACUGAGGAGAGAGACCAGCUACAGACCAGUUACAACACCCUUACUGGGGAGAGAGACCAGCUACAGACCAGUUACAACACCCUUACUGGGGAGAGAGAUCAGCUACAGACCAGUUACAACACACUUACUGAGGAGAGAGACCAGCUACAGACCAGUUACAACACCCUUACUGGGGAGAAAGACCAGCUACAGACCAGUUACAACACCCUUACUGAGGAGAGAGACCAGCUACAGACCAGCUACAACAACUUAACUGAAGAGAGAGACCAGCUACAGAUCAGUUACAACACCCUUAUUGAGGAGAGAGACCAGCUACAGACCAGCUACAACAAACUACCUGAAGAGAGAGAACAGCUACAGACCAGUUACAACACCCUUACUGAGGAGAGAGACCAGCUACAGACCAGCUACAUCAACCUAACAGAAGAGAGAGACCAGCUACAGACCUAUUACAACACCCUUACUGAGGAGAGAGACCAGCUACAGACCAGGUACAACAACCUAACUGAAGAGAGAGAUAAGCUACAGACCUGGUACAACAACCUGACUAAAGAGAGAGGCCAGCUACAGACCAGUUACAACAACCUUACUGAGGAGAGACCAGCUACAGACCAGCUACAAUUACCUAACUAAAGAGAGAGACCAGCUACAGACCAGUUACAACAACCUAACUGAAGAGAGAGACCAGCUACAGACCAGUUACAACACCCUUACUGAGGAGAGAGACCAGCUACAGACCAGCUUCAACAACCUAACUGAAGAGAGAGAUAAGCUACAGAGCAGUUACAACACCCUGACUAAAGAGAAAGACCAGAUACAGACUGAGAGAGAUUUUAUUAGCAGGAGGCUUACCAAUUGCAGUGAGUAAACCUACAGUAAUAAAAUAUUAUUAAUCCCACACACUUUAUUGUUUGUCUGUAUGAUUUUAUUAAGUGUCCAGUGUGAUAAGUUGAAAGAAAUUCAUGUUUCAUCUUGUAGAACAAACUUGUCCUGAAGGCUGGCAGAAGUUUGAAUCCAGUUGGUACUUCCUGUUUACUGAGACUAAAACCUGGAAGGAGAGCAGAGAGGACUGUUUGGAGAGAGGAGCAGAUCUG